CACCAUUUAUUCUCCAGAUGGAGCGCAGGGAAGCUGUUAGCAGUGGCCGACCUCUGCAGCGGGACAUCUGACGUGUGUUUGGCCGAGCUCAGGGUGGGGCUUUUGUUUUUGCACCGGCAGGGCUGAGCUAAGCGUUAGCCUGGCACUCUUUCUACUCCCAACACACUCGGCCCUGUCAUUUAUCUAUCUGCACCCAGGCAUGAGGGAACCCGCCUGGAGCGCUUUGAACACCAGCGACACGUUUUUACCUGGGUGCUGAAGCGCUCAUGGCUGUCGUUUACGGUGCUGCCACCCAGCCGGGCCUGCUUUCCCAGCAGUACCCCCCGCCCCUGCUACCCAAGCCUGGAAAGGACAACGCUCGUCUUCAGAAGCUCCUCAAGAGAACCGCCAAGAAAAAGGCCUCCACUCAGGCAUCGCAGCCUGCCGUACUUUUCCGCACCAAUCUUUCCCCUGUGAACGAAGCAAGCCCCGACCUCGAGCACAGCGAACACUCCACCCCGCCCAAGACUCCGGAGACACCGUUCAGCCUCUACAACGUCCAGCAGCCUCCGCGGUUCAGCAUCAGGCCGCUGUACCGACAUGUUGCGUCCCCUUACCCACAGCGUGCAGCUUAUGGCAGCGCAGCGAGGUUCUCACCUCAGACAGUGGCCAACGCGUUGUACACUUACUCGCAGAACGUUAACGCAGUUUCUUCAUCAGCCCACCUUUAUGGAGUUACAACAGCUCCGGGGCCUGUCGCCGAGCUAGCAGUACCAAAAGUAUCUGUGGCAGUCUCUUCUGUACCUGAGGCAACAGCACCAGCUGCCGAAAUGAAAAAGCCAGCUUUUAGCACACUUGCUGAAACGCCUGCUGGUUUUAUACCUUCUGCUGCUUUGAUUCGUCCUCUCAUUGUGUUAACCCCGCUCGUCAAAUCCAAAAGCCCACGUCCAACAUUCAAAGCAACCGAACCUUCAAGAUCGCCCAAACCGAUGUUUGACGUCCCGCAAAUUAGGAUGUACACGGCGAGCACAUCGUACUACGAGUCAUCCAGGACCCCACCGGUGUACGACACAGCUGGAUUAACCGCUAUCGGCAGCACAGUACCUCAGAGUAAAACAGCAACAGAAACAAAACAAGAUCUGACUACAGCAUCUGAGGUCAGAAGAGGAACGACCCCGACGACUUUGGCUCCUUUGCUGGGCACAGACUCCCAAAGAAAAACUCCAACAUCUGAAAUCAAAAGAGCAACCCCAACGGCAGAAUUCAAAAGAGCUACCCCAACGGCAGAAAUCAAAAGAGCUACCCCAACGGCAGAAAUCAAAAGAGCUACCCCAACGGCAGAAAUCAAAAGAGCUACCCCAACGGCAGAAUUCAAAAGAGCUACCCCAACGGCAGAAAUCAAAAGAGCUACCCCAACGGCAGAAAUCAAAAGAGCUACCCCAACGUCUGAAAUCAAAAGAGCUACCCCAACAUCUGAAAUCAAAAGAGCUACCCCAACAUCUGAAAUCAAAAGAGCUACCCCAACAUCUGAAAUCAAAAGAGCUACCCCAACAUCUGAAAUCAGAGUUAAAACCCCAACUUUUGAGUUACAAACAUUAAGAACUUCAGUGGGACGCCCCAGAACCCCAUCAUACCACAAGAAUCGGGCUACAACGCCUGUUUUUGAAGUCUCAAGACCCAAUCCUCUCUUGUUUGCUGUGUCGCCGAUCACAGUAGAGCCAGAGAGGUCAAGCGUGCCCAAAACGAUUUCUGCUGUGAGCAGUUUGCCUGCUUCCCAAAGUGUGACAACUAUUGAGACUGAGCCUAAGCCCACCGAAACUAUACUGAAUGGGGAAAUUCAUUCAGACGUCACUUCUGUAGUCAAACCAAUCCCAAAAAGCAUUACCAAGUCAAAAUCAGAGCCUGAUCUGACAAGACAAACUGCUCCAGCUGGCUCUCAGAGACCUAUAACUGCCACAUCUGAGCCAAAAACACCAGCAGUGACUUCUUUCAGCAAUCAGAGGCCUAAGACUCCAACAUACGAAGCAUCCCGACUCAUGACCACGUCACCUGGCUUCAAAAGACCAAAGACGCCUACCUAUGGGACAUCACCUUCUGGUGCAUCAUCUGUAGCCUUUCAGAGACCUAAAACCCCAACCCAAGUGGCUCUUAAAUCAAAGUCUAGCUACCGUGGAUUGACACCUGCUGAAUAUACGGCUUACGGCGGCAUAAGAACUUACUCUCCGGCGUUUGGUAUCUCCAGUUCUAAGAUGCAAACCGAAGAGAUAGAAGCUACAAAAGAGGAAUCACCAGAAUGUAAAAUACCAAGCCAAGAACCGUCUGUGAAGGGCCUAUAUACGCCCGAGGUGUCUAAAGCCAAAGAAACCCCCAAAGAUGUAGAUUACCCUCAUGUGAGAGAUGAGAAGGUUGUCACCACUCCCUCAAUCCCUAUUAUUGUUGUUUCACAAGCAUCAGACACCUCAGGAACAACGUUAACACAAGAGACAAGUACGGUAUCCAGUCAGGUGAUUCAAGAAACACCAAAGGCUAAACCAACAACAACAGUGGGGAAAACCCCUGAGAAACAGAAGGUGGAAACACAAGUUGCCAAACCAAAGACAAAACCUCCUGAAGCCAAACACCCUUUGCCCAAAAGUGACGACCAGGAUCCUUUGAAGGCAGUAAGAAAACUUUUAGGCAAAGACAAAGUCCAGAAAUCUGGAAGUGAGACAAAAGCUGGCGUCUCCGAUCAAAAAGAGACAGCGAAACCUGUAGCUGCCACCAAGAGUAACCAAGAAGGCUCAACGCCAAGCACUGCAGCGCCAGCUCUGCCGUCUGCAGCUGAGUCAACAGGAAGUGAAGACAAAGGAAAAGAUAAGAAAGCAGAAUCAGCUCCAGCAGUGAAAUCAGCACCUGAGAAAAAGGAAGGCGAUGAAUCCCUCCCAGCCGAGCCCCUUCUUAAAGUCACACAAAGGCCAAAGGGAGUGAAAUCUAAAUUGAGCGGUUGGUCCCGACUCAAAAAGCACAUGGUGGUGGAAGAAGAGGAGCCUAAAUUUCCAGAGAUAGGCCCUCAGAAGGAGGCCGCCGGGCCCAAACAGAGCGAGGCGACAACGACCGGAGAGAAGGCCGUCGACGCGCCUGCCACUCAGGACGAUAACCAAACCAACGACGCUCCUAUUGCAGCGAAGAUGUGGAACGCCGUCCUCUUCCAAAUGUUUUCCUCUAAAGAGAACAUCAUGCACCAGAUCGAGCUGAACAAAAGCGAGGACGAGAAGAAGGAAGCGCAAAGUGACGAGCAGAAAGAGAUACCUUCGUUUGCGCACCGGCUGCCCGUUCUGCUUUUUAGUCCAAGGUUUGACGCUAAAAAGCUUAAAGAGGCGGCAUCGAGGCCGGUGACGAAAUUUUCAACCGUUUUUGAAAUGGGUCUGAUUGGGCGGAAAGGUAAAGAUGAGGAACCAAAAGACUUUAAUAGAACAGCGAGAGGGUUCGCCGCUACUUAAGCUAAUAGAGUAAAAUAUAUAAAGUGCCAAGACGAAAAUGUAAAGAAAAAAAAGUUACAAUAUAUGUUUAAUGUACAGGUGCAAGAAAUCGUAGUCCGUGUUAAACGAAUGACAUGCGUUUGUAGAAGAGUCUGCUUUGAAAUUUAUACUUGACAAAAGCUUGGUGUUGCAUUUGUGUGACUGGUUGUCUGGAUGUUAAAUGUUUGUAUUUGUGGAUUAGCUGGAAACAGAAAGAAUGCCACAUUUUGUCUUAAUUCAGACGUCACAUCAGAUUAAAAGGUUUAUGUUUUCACAAAAAAAAAAAAAAAAAAAAAUCAGAGCUUCUCAUUUGUUCCUUUCAUCACAUUUUCACAAAUAUAGAAAUUAAUACAGAUUAAA